AUGGAUGAAAACACAUUAAGUGUUAGUGAGCUACUCGCUACUCGCUACUCGCUACUCGCUACUAGCUACUCGCUACUAGCUACUCGCUACUCGCUACUCGCUACUCGCUACUCGCUACUCGCUACUCGCUACUCGCUACUCGCUACUCGCUACUCGCUACUCGCUACUCGCUACUCGCUACUCGCUACUCGCUACUCGCUACUCGCUACUCGCUACUCGCUACUCGCUACUCGCUACUCGCUACUCGCUACUCGCUACUCGCUACUCGCUACUCGCUACUCGCUACUCGCUACUCGCUACUCGCUACUCGCUACUCGCUACUCGCUACUCGCUACUCGCUACUCGCUACUCGCUACUCGCUACUCGCUACUCGCUACUCGCUACUCGCUACUCGCUACUCGCUACUCGCUACUCGCUACUCGCUACUCGCUACUCGCUACUCGCUACUCGCUACUCGCUACUCGCUACUCGCUACUCGCUACUCGCUACUCGCUACUCGCUACUCGCUACUCGCUACUCGCUACUCGCUACUCGCUACUCGCUACUCGCUACUCGCUACUCGCUACUCGCUACUCGCUACUCGCUACUCGCUACUCGCUACUCGCUACUCGCUACUCGCUACUCGCUACUCGCUACUCGCUACUCGCUACUCGCUACUCGCUACUCGCUACUCGCUACUCGCUACUCGCUACUCGCUACUCUUUGGAGCGCGCACAUAACCCCACACUGGCAGCCCCAAUAGAGGAGGCCCGCCAUAUGUGGAGCGAUGUUAAGCAUGGUACUACCUGUGCCGCCUCGCCCACAACAAUUGCAAAUCCCAAAUCGGAAAUCGUUUCGCAUUUGACACAGUCACUACGCUAA